CACGUGGUACCGUACCACCUGGGUACCGAACCAAGAGCAGCCUCCUCCCAAUCCGGAGCAAACAGAAAACUCAGCAACAAGCAAACACGGAACACGCAAAGGGCCAAAACGGAACCGGUAUAUUGGCCAAAUUAAAAUCAAACUUCUUCGCAACAGCGAUAUGGAUUUCUUAAAACACUUUCAGUAUUUUGGCGUCGUCUUCGCGACUUCACUGGUAGUAGCAACCGCAGGCCAACAAUUCAACCACGACAAACUUCACUGGUCGUCCACCAACUUUAAAACCCUGCUGACCUGGGAGCCUGAGGCCGGCGACCCGUCCUACGACGUCGAAUACGCUGAGCAUGACAAGGAUUGGCUGUCUGCACCUAAUUGUCUAGACAUCAGAGAGACGGAGUGCGAUCUGACCAACGUCCUUGAUCCAGAGAAAUCCUACGCUGCCAGAUUGAAGAAAACAAUAUCCACUGAUUGGUGGGGCACUUCUGAAUACUUCACCCCCUAUAAACAAAGUUUGAUCACAGCCGUGUCCUUCAGCCUCGACGCCCGCGUGGCAGACGGCACUGCGACCCUCAUCAUCACAGACCCCCUGACCGCCCUCUACAAGAACGGCAGUCUGCUCACCAUCAGAGACGUGUUCCACAAUCAACUGAACUACAGGGUCAGCUACCAAAAGGUCGGAAGCACCAGAAAGAAGGAGACGGACGUGGACAGCAACGUGGCUGUAGUGGGCGGUCUGGAGCCCAACGAGGGCUACUGCUUCAGCGUGGCGGCCAAGGUCCUCAGCAGAGCAGAUCUGGGGGCCUGGAGCCAGCAGCAGUGCUCCAAGGCCCACGGGCCCUUCCUCAACGAAACCACCACAGAGAGUGGAGCAGUGGCACCAUCUCCUACUACUGAGGAUGGGGGGAGCUCAAAUGGGCUGAGGGUCGAGGUGCUGGUGGGCCUGUGUCUGCUCCUCCUCCUGCUCCUCGUCAUCAUCAUCACCUCCGUCGUCUGCUGCCGUCGCCGCCGGCAACGCCGCCAACAGAGGACCGCUCAGAUGCUCUGAACCGCUUAGGACCGGUGUCCGUGUGUGUGUGUGUGUGUGUGUGUGUGUGUGUGUGUGUGUGUGUGUGUGUGUGUGUGUGUGUGUGUGUGUGUGUGUGCGUCUAGUUGUGUCUAUGUGUGUCUGUGUGUGUGUGUGCGUCUGUGUGUGUGUGUGUGCCUGUGUGUGUGCUUUUGUGUGUGUGUAAUUUGUGUGUGUGUGUGUGUGUGUCUGCGUGUGUGUGUGUGAUUGCGUGUGUGUGUGUGUGUGUGUCUGCGUGUGUGUGUGUGUGUGUGAUUGCGUGUGAUUGUGUGUGUGUGCGUGUGUCUCUGUGUGUGUGUGUGUAUGUGUGUACGUGUGUGUGUGUGUGUGUGUGUGUGUGUGUGUGUGUGUGUGUGUGUGUGUGUGUGUGUGUGUGUGUGUGUGUGUGUUCGUGAGAGACAGCAGGGGAGGGAGUGUGUGUACAGCUCACAGAGUCACUAACUUAAUAAUUACAGGACACAUUCAUUUGUCAAAUGACGGAGCACAGUUAUAUAUAAGAGAUUACAUCUGAUGUCAUCACCUCACAAAUCAUUCCUGUCUCGUUUGUGUGUGUCUGUGUCCAGAAAUGAUUACCAUGCAGGCCUCACACAGAUGUUGCCUUGCAAUUGACCCUGUUUUCUAAGUAUAUAUAUUUAUAUUUUGUACCCAAUAAUCCUUAUUACAUUUGAGAUUGUGUUUUAUGUAUGAACUGUUUUAUAAGCAAGGAUUUUCCAAAGCAAUAAUAAAUAUGAGUACACAUUGUUCAUCUGUUGAUGAGAACAUUCCACUGAAUAUCUUUAUAAUGAGUGUUGUGCAUAACCAUUCAUAACCAUAUUAAUGUAGUCAUUUGCAAGGGACAUAUUAAUUUGUCACGUGACAAAGCCCAAAUACAUAGUAUAUAUAUAUGUAUCACUUUUAAGAAUUUGUUUGUGGCUGUGCGACUGUAUGCGUAUGUGUGUGUCGGCAAACAUUAAGCGGAGCAGGCUUCAAACACAUUUA